CGCUCACACACCCUGACAACAUUAAAAAAGCGCUGAAACUUUGCAACACAACACUGCACAACGUUUCAUUUCACGCACUUAUAUUUACACUAAGUUUAGGACGGAAAUAAGUGUUUGGAGUCGAUGAAUCGAGUUUAAACUUUUAUACUGUUUCGUUGUCACACAAUGCUGCUAAUUCGACCGUAUUUUUUAUGCGAGUCUUAUUUUUCCCCUUACAACACUGGAACAUUUAAAUGUGUUUUUGAGUCUAUUACAUUGAUUUGAUUCAAUCCAAGCCAUGUCUGGAAUUCAGCAUGCGUCCAAUCAAAGCAUCAAGCCUUUCAAAUCCGGAGAGGAAUAUCUCUAUGCCAUGAAAGAAGACCUGGCAGAAUGGCUGGGAGAUUUAUACAACAUGGGUAUUGACGUAAAUAAUAUUAUGGAGGUGUUGGAAACAGGCGCGCUUCUGUGUGCUCAUGCUAAUAACGUGACACGAGUGGCGGAUGAGUUUCUGAAGAAGAGCGGAACCACUGAGAUCCAACUACCCGCUUCUGGAGUCACUUUCGUCAGCUCUGCACAUCCAACAACAUUCCUGGCCCGGGAUAAUGUGACGAAUUUCAUAAACUGGUGUCGAAAAGAAAUGAGCAUUCCGGACGUACUGAUGUUCGAGACAGACGACCUUGUCCUGCGUAAGAAUGAGAAGAAUUUUGUGCUGUGCCUUCUUGAGGUGGCGAGACGGGCCUCUCGUUUCGGCAUGGCUUCGCCGGUCCUCAUUCAGCUGGAGCAGGAGAUCGAGGAGGAGAUUCGUGGGGAGAUGGAGGACUUGCCUGCUCAACCCAAACCACAAAGGCGCUUGAUAAACAUCCAGAACCUGGAUGAGAUGGUCCAGUUUCUGAUAAGCCGAUGCACUUGUCCAUCCCAGUUCCCCAUGGUGAAGGUAUCAGAGGGCAAAUACAGGGUUGGAGACUCCAACACUCUCAUAUUUGUUCGGAUUUUGAGGAAUCAUGUUAUGGUGCGAGUGGGCGGAGGAUGGGACACCCUGGAGCACUAUCUCGACAAACAUGAUCCCUGCCGCUGCACUUCUCUCAUCCAUAAGUUGACCGCACGCCCAGCUACUCCAGUCCAUGAGAUCAGGGAGCGGUUGACCACCCCACGACCUGAUGCGCAGUGUGCUUCUCAGACCACUCUUAUGCUGAGUCGAACGCAGUCCCCUCUUCAGCCAGUUGUCUGGACCCCUUCAUCCCCAUACCGAGCUCAGAGAGGACGGCACUCUCCUCCACGCUCCUCCUGUUCCCCCGACCCUGAACAUCAGCCCACCCGCCGGAGACACAGCCCCUCUCCUAACAAAUUAAGGGAGAGACCGAGUACUCGAGAGUACAAUUGUGUUGACAGAAAAGAUAGCUUGAAAACAAACUCCUCCAGUAGGACAGGCAGAAACGAAACACGGACGUCACCAACACCUCGUCUGACAAGCAGUCUUCCUCGGGCAACCCAUCAUCCAACCACACCACAACCUGAGAUACAGCGUCCUCAAACACCUCUAGUCCUUCAAAGAAACACCAAUCAGAUCCAACGCCAGCAAGCGCCUGAGAAGAAUCUAGGUCAAACCUGGACCAAAUCGCAGUUUGUUUCCAAACUGAGACAAAAUUCCACCGUUGGAGUAAAAGGACGAGAGAACGAGGACAGAGCGCACCUUGUUUCUGACAUGAAAGAAAGUCCGGGAUGGAGUUUUCCUGGAAACACACAUUCAUAUUCCAAACCUCCGAACAUCACUAUUCAUGAGCCAGAGGGCAAACAUUUCAUCCGCAACUUUUCCCCUUUUAAAGGUAUAACAGGGGCCAUCUCAGAAGCACAAAACACCAGAUCUAGAACUCCAGCUAAGAUCUCUCAAGAAGAGUCACCUGGUAAACCGAAAAAUAUUCUGGAUGCAACUGAGAAAGGCCAACUUGAACAAGGAGCUGAUAGAUCACCCAGCAAGAAGGUACAGCACUUGGCUCUACAUGUGCCGAACAUUGUGCAGUUUCAGAAGUCUUUAGGCGGUGAAGAGGGAGGAAUUGAGACAAGUUAUCUCUUCACUCCUCCUCCUCUCAGCCCUUCUCAGGAAGCCAUCCUCUACAAGAGCCUAGAGGAGGAAAUCUUGUGCAAUCUACAGCAGCUAAGCAUCGACACAGAAAGCAGCACUAGCUCCGAUGAGAAGCAUCACGAGACUCCUAAGAAUUCGAGAGCGAUUCCAUCUGACCACUGGAAAGCCUCCAACAGAUCAGCAAGUCUUGAUCGGGCUUUUGAUGCAGUCAUGGCUGAACUCUCUGGUGGCCAAAGGAAGAUGGAGAAGGUGUCAGUUGAGAAGUGGAUGAACACUCUUCCUAACGGUCUCCGAGGCAAGGUGGUGGAAGACCACACUACCGCACAUCACCUUAAGGUCUCUAAACCUUGCAUGACCAGUUCUUGGUCCUCAUUGGGAUCCAGUAUGGAUUCAAAGGAGACUGCUGAACUUGGUAAAGUGCCAGUUGACAACUCAAAUGUUGAGACCAAAAUUCUCCCUGGCAAAGUAUCAAAUUUAGGAACUGAACAUGUAAAAAAGCCCAAGAGUUGUUCAAUCAAACAAAGAAGAUCCUUAAGGAAGCCAGAGAGAGUGCCAUCCUUCUUCAAGCUGAAACUAAAACCCUGUGUGCGACCAAGACGUGACCACAGGUCCGACCGAAAGCCUUCAAAGAUCCCAAAACCAGUUUUUUACAAAAGAACAAGCUGCAAAGAUGCCAACUCUCAAAACCACAGAGGAAAUGAUUCCCAACAUGGGCCUUUCGGCACAGACAACUCUCGAGGAAACACUUGGGCUAAACCAAAAUCUCAGGUCCCAAUACCGAGUGAAACAAAGUGCCAAAGAGCAAACAAGGAACCACAUGGAGAUCAAGAUCUGGAAACCUGGGUUUAAUCAACGACUCAGACAUUUGUAAUUUUGGAGUUUACUGAGAAUUUGACUACCAAUUCAAACAAGCCAUAUGUUAGUGAGGAACUAUUUUACUUGCUAUUCAAAAGUAGAUUUUUUUUCCAGAAAGCCUUUAAAAACCUUUACAAAAAGCACAACACUUUCAUCAGAGAUUAAAGUCACCUUAACCUUAAUGAGA